AUGAGUUCUCAAACUUACCUCUUCAUCUUUCUCUCUGUUCACCUGUCUUGUCUUGGAUGCUUGGACAGUACCAUAAUACCUUUCCAGGUACAGAGCGACAUAGACAAACUGAAAAUUGACUUUAAUUCAAGCAAUUCAGAUGUAGCUGAUGGUGGACCCAUUUUUACAGAAAAGUUGAAAAGCUGGACAGAAGUAAAUGAAAGAAGAAUCUUAUUUAGCCACAUUAUUUCCUUGUAUCUGAAAAUGUUUGAGAACAUCGACACGAGUAAAGCCCAUGUCAGAAAUGUACACGAGUAUCUGCUUGCCAAGAAAAGCAAUCUUGCUAAUGAUUACAAAAAGAUAAAUGACAUAAUGGAGUUGGCAAAACUUCCGAUGAGUGAUUUGAAAAUCCAGCGCAAGGCUAUUAAUGAACUUUCCCCCCUCUUACAAAAACUGGACUCCCCAACUGCUCGUUCAGAAAGAAGAAGGAGGCAAAAUUCAAGGGGAUGUAAAUGUUAA